GUCUCUCGGCGGCCGGGGAACCAUGGGCGAAGCGGAGGCCAGCGGCGCCGAGAAAACCCCGGCCGAGGCGGCGUCGGGCCCGGCCGAGGAGCCGGUGGUGUGGAGCCCCGAGGUGGAAGUUUGCCUUUUUCACGCCAUGCUGGGCCACAAGCCUGUCGGUGUGAACCGUCACUUCCACAUGAUCUGCAUUCGGGAUAAAUUCAGUCAGAAUAUUGGACGUCAGAUUUCCUCCAAAGUCAUCUGGGACCAUCUGAGUACAAUGUAUGACAUGCAAGCAUUGCAUGAGUCAGAGAUUCUUCCAUUCCCUAAUUCAGAGAAGAAUUUUAUCCUUCCUGAAGAAAUCAUUCAAGACGUUAAAGAAGGAAAAGUAGUGAUUGAAGAAGAGAUGAAGGAAGAGAUAAAAGAAGAGCUGGAGCCACACACUGGCACUGAAGAUGUUUACACACCUUCAGGAAACUUAGGAAAAGCAGCUGAAAAGUCCAGCGGCAAAGAGAAAGAAAGGAGUUCAUCUGAUACUGGGUCCAAAGAAGGAGCAGACAAGAGGAAACGCAAUCGAGUCACAGAAAAAGUCUUAAAUGCAAACAGCAACCCUUCCAGUCCAAGUGCAGCCAAAAGGCGCAGAACAUAGAAAAUCUGCUGUGCAAGGCAGUAGUGAAUAUUAAAAUUUAGCACAGAGUAGAAAAGAAACAAAAUGAAUUGUUAGGGUGAUUCAAGAUAAGGUGCAGGUGAACCUAUCUCAUAUGGUAGUGAUUGCUGAAAAUAUAGCUGAUAACUGAAUACUCAGGAUACCAGGGAGGAAAUGGCAGUUUUGCUAGAGUAUACUUAGGUCUUUGAAAUUAUAAGCAACCAUUAUAAGAUGCAUAUCCUGUGUGUUCCAGAAAUGAAGCUUCAAGCCCAUAGUUGCUGGGAUCAAGGAGACUCAUCUCUUAAAAGACUUGAUUAUUUAUUAAAAAUUCUCAUUUUUUCCUCCUUGAUGGUUAAUAUAUCUUUUGGGGCACUGUGGACAAAAUUAUUCCUUUAACUAGAGUAAAUUACCACAGUGAACAAGGUAGACUUAAAAGGAAGCUAUUUCUAACCGUAGGCUUCCGUCCUGGCAGAGCAGUGCUGUCCUUAUCUCUGUCUCUUAGGUAGAAGCAAUAAAAGGGAGCACUGAUUAACGGAACAAAAUAUUUUCUUUUUUUCACCCCCCUGAAGUAACUACAACUCUCCUUGGAGAUGCAGUUAUUUUUAUUUUUUCAAUUGCAAACCAGAGUGGACUUAAAGUAAGGAUAUUAGCAUUUCCAGAAUGAAUGUUUCAUAAGAAAAGGACCUUGAAUACACGACCUUCUAGUGCCACACAGGAUUUCUCUUCUAGCCAUCAGAGACACCGUAAACUGAACAUUUUGCCUCCUUCAACUUGUACUGUAAUAGUGUAUAUAAUUACUUUGGAAUUUCACUAUUUAAUUUUUAAGAGAAAUAUUUUACUAGUGUUUUAUAUGGAAAUAAUAUUGCAAAAGUUUAAUCUUGUGUUGUAUUUUUUCUGAGCAAUUUUUGUUUUAAGCUCGUAUCAAUAUUUUGUGAUACCAGUUGCUCGAUUUUAUAUGCUAGAAUAUUGAAAAUUUGUAGCAGUUCUUUUUAUUAUUAUUUUUGAAUUUGCGGAUCAUCCCAACAAUGACAGGGUUGGGGAAAGUUUGACCAACAUGUUUAAACUGGUAAAUGAAACUGGCUCCAAAUAUUGGUUGAAUUACAACUUUGCUAAAGGCUUGACUACUCAAUAAAAAGGCACAAAGACAA